AUGUCAUCAGACUCCUCCACCGCCUCUCCUACACCGCCUCUCCUACACCGCCUCUCCUCCACCGCCUCUCCUCCACCGCCUCUCCUACACCGCCUCUCCUUCACCGCCUCUCCUACACCGCCUCUCCUACACCGCCUCUCCUCCACCGCCUCUCCUACACCGCCUCUCCUACACCGCCUCUCCUACACCGCCUCUCCUCCACCGCCUCUCCUCCACCGCCUCUCCUUCACCGCCUCUCCUACACCGCCUCUCCUACACCGCCUCUCCUCCACCGCCUCUCCUACACCGCCUCUCCUACACCGCCUCUCCUACACCGCCUCUCCUACACCGCCUCUCCUCCACCGCCUCUCCUCCACCGCCUCUCCUCCACCGCCUCUCCUCCACCGCCUCUCCUCCACCGCCUCUCCUCCACCGCCUCUCCUCCACCGCCUCUCCUCCACCGCCUCUCCUCCACCGCCUCUCCUCCACCGCCUCUCCUCCACCGCCUCUCCUCCACCGCCUCUCCUACACCGCCUCUAUUCACCCCAUAACUAUAAAGUAUUUAAAAAGCAUAAAAACUAUCACUUCAUCUACGAGAUAUACAUCACUAUGGCACAUUAA